CACUGUCGAUUGUGUCUUUUCCAGCUUCCUCCCACCAUUACCCACAAUCCCUCAAAAUGGCCACCACCAUCCGAUCGAUCAAGUCCCUCGUGCCCCUCCUGGACCGCGUCCUGGUCCAGCGCGUCAAGGCCGAGGCUAAGACCGCCUCCGGCAUCUUCCUUCCCGAGUCGAGCGUCAAGGAGCUGAACGAGGCCAAGGUCCUGGCCGUCGGCCCUGGCGGUCUGGACAAGGAGGGCAAGCGCGUGCCCAUGGGCGUGCAGGCUGGCGACCGCGUGCUGAUCCCCACGUUCGGCGGCUCUCCGGUCAAGGUCGGCGAGGACGAGUUCCACCUGUUCCGGGACAGCGAUAUCCUGGCCAAGAUCAACGAGUAAAAAGAGCGAAACUCAAAAUCAAAAGAAAAAAUUCCAAUACCUAAUACCCGAAAAGUUCGACGACGAUGUAACGACGUCCCAUGUACCAUAUUCA